GAAAAAAAUAUUUAUCUUAAUUGUGUAUUCCGCCUACACGGAAUAUAUAUAUUGACUGUUGGCAUUGUUGCACACAUAUUGCAAUCUGUCACCAUCUGUGAAUUCUGACUGAUCUGUCAGUGUCACUUUCAAAGGGAAUGGGAGUAGUACACGUAACCUAUUAACUUAAGAUAUCUAACAAGUGUCCACGUACGCUUAGAAUAAAUGAUUAUUUUUUAAUCCACCGCUAUCAUGAAACUCGGGUGAUACGUACACGCAUGUGUUAAUCGUUAUAAUUGCCUAAAUAAAAGUUGUUUGAUUGUGUGCAAUUUUUUUAAGGCUUCGAAAAUGGAGCAGAUAAAGGUUCCUAAGGUAGAGAAUGUGAGAAUGCUAGACAAAUAUAGCAAUAAUCAUUCCAUCGGCACACUUUACCUAACAGUGACACAUCUCAUCUUUGUUGAAAGAAGCGGCAAAAAGAAGAUAUGGGUUUUAUAUACACAUAUUUCUAAUAUAGAAAAACAGCCAUUAACGACGACAGGAUCACCAUUGUAUAUUAAAUGCAAGCAUUUCUUCAUUGUCACAUUUGUCAUCCCGAAGGAACGCGAUUGCCACGAGAUUUAUCUCACAUUAUUAAAAUUAUCCUGCCCAGUUAGUGUAGAAGAUUUAUAUUGCUUCAAUUAUCAAGAAAAUAAAGACACACUACCUCAGCAUGCAGGAUGGAAUUUUUUCAAUGUACAAAGUGAAUUUCAGCGCCAAGGUGUUCCCAAUGAAGAGUGGUCACUUUCGUAUUUAAAUACUAAUUAUGAGCUUUGCGAUACUUACCCUAGGUACUUAUAUGUUCCCAGUGCAUCUACUAAAAAUAUUUUAUUAGGCAGUGCAAAAUUUAGAAGUAGAGGGAGGCUACCAGUUUUAACGUACUUGCACUCAAAUAAGGCUGCCAUUUGCCGCUGCAGUCAACCACUUUCAGGAUUUAGUGCACGAUGUCCUGAAGAUGAAGAAAUGAUGCAUAAUAUAUUAUGUACAAAUCCUAAUUCACGGUAUAUGUAUGUUGUCGAUACAAGACCACGGAUUAAUGCCUUUGCUAACAGAGCUGCAGGGAAAGGAUAUGAGAAUGAAAAUUUCUAUGACAAUAUCAAAUUUCAUUUCUUCGGGAUAGAGAACAUUCACGUAAUGAGAACGAGUUUAAAUAAGCUUUUGGACUUACAAAGAUCAACCUCCAUGAGCGCAUUCUUAAGUGGCCUAGAAAGUAGCGGUUGGUUAAAGCAUAUUCGCUCUAUUCUGGAAACCGCUUGGUUCAUUGCACGGGCAGUUUCGAAUGGCGUGAGCGUAGUAGUGCAUUGUAGCGAUGGAUGGGAUCGCACUGCGCAAGUGUGCUCUCUGGCUGCAUUACUAUUAGAUCCAUUUUAUAGAACCAUCCAAGGUUUUCAAGCUUUAAUAGAAAAGGAUUGGCUAUCGUUUGGUCAUAAAUUUAGUGAUCGUUGUGGCUAUGUCAGUAGCGAUGGUAAAGAACUUGCACCAAUAUUUACACAAUUUAUAGAUGCGACAUACCAACUGCUACAGCAAUAUCCAUAUAAAUUUCAAUUCAAUGAAUAUUUUCUUUUAACGUUACAUGAUCAUGUACAUAGCUGUCAACACGGUACAUUCAUCGGAAAUUCGGAGAAAGAAAGGCAAAUAUUAAGAUUAUCUGAACGAACAUAUUCGUUGUGGGGCUACUUAGCGAAUAAUAUGAAUGAAUAUAUAAACCCAAUCUACAGAUGCAAUCGUUAUAAUAACGAGGACUCUGUUGAUAUUCUUCAACCUAAAUUGGCACCUCAAUCUAUCGUUCUUUGGAGAGGCUUAUACUUUAGAUUUGAAAAUGGAAUACAUCCUAGAGAAACGUGUGAAGAUUUAAUUUUAACGAUCUACGAUCACACAAGUUCCUUAGAAGAUCAUGUAAAGCUUCUAUUAAAACGAGUAAAUUCUUUAGGGCAACUUUUAAAUACAAGUAACGCUCAAAAGAAGGGAAAGCAUAAAUUUGACACUAAAUUCACGAAGGAGUCUUUGUCAGAGAGUAUAAUAGAAAACACCGCAAAUCACGAUGAAAAAACGAGAGGUAAACUAAAAGCGAAUCAAUUGGAAAAUGAAUUAAAGACAGUUGCCUUAGAAUGGAAAUCAUCGCGAAAUAUAGAAGAAUGUGGAUGCUCUACUACAUUUGAUGCUUUUAACAAAAAGCAUCAUUGUUGGUCCUGUGGUGAUGUACUAUGCACAAGAUGUAUGACAGUGCACACUAAAUUACCUGGACAUCUGUCACAACGUGCCGUACCCACAUGCAAAUCGUGCUAUCAAAGUUUCGGCAUAUCUGCCACUAGUCCUUAAACGUGCUUUAUUUAAUGCCGACUUAUUCUUCUCUAUAUUUGUAUGCACGUUUUUUUUUAGCGAAAUGAAGAAGCGUAGCAUAUAUAUCAAUUAUAUUAUUCCAAUUUUAUAUAUUUAGCUUUUCUCUAUAUUUCUUUGAAUUUUAUUUCGUUCGCAUAAUCGAUCAAUACAAACAACGUAGUACCUGAUUACAAUAUAUAUAACAUACGGACUUAUUUCUAACUUAAAUAAUUCAUAAACAUUUUAAAGUUCGUGAAUAUUACACCAAAUAAUUAAUAACAAAUCAUUGACUAUCAACUACUAUGGUACGGUCGAUAAAUGCUAUUACGUUUUAUGUUAAUGAUUUUAAAACUACCUCAAUUUAUACUUCAAUAUUUUAAAUUAGAAAAAAAAUUAUACAUAAAUUACGCAAAUAUAGAAAACUUACGGGAAUACAAGUUGACUUUUACACAUUCUGUGGAUAAAUGUAUAAUUUGUUUGCCUUAUAAUCGAAAUGGAUUCUGCCAUAGUAGUUGAAAAAUAUAGUAUGAGUUACAUCAGGACAUAAAUUAUACACAUUUCUUGCAUUCACAUAUAUUACAUUCUCUUCGACUUUUUUACUGUCUCUCUUAUUGAUUUGUCCUAGUGUAACAUUAAAAUAUAUAACAUUUAAAAUAUGAAUGAAUUAUGCUAUCUCCUUUAAUACUACAACAUUGAAAAAUGUUGUAAUUAAAAACAUAAAUAUAUACUUUACUAUCAUUAAGGCAUUGUCCAUUUUAAGAGAAAAUACUUGUAAAUUUCAAAGAAUACAGAUACAUCAUACAUCACUCAGUACACAAAAGCAUAUGUAUAAUUCGAGAACAGUUUUCUCAAAUAUAUUAAUAAGAUUUCAUAUACGA